AAAAAAAUUCGGAAGUCUAAACUAACCAUAGAAAUUUUGCUCUGAAAGUUGAAAGUCUGAAAAUAUAUAUUUCGCAGGAAAAUAAACGAGCCACAGUUACUUAGAUCUGUUAACAAAAAAAAACACUAUCGUUUAAACGAAAGAGCUUAUACUGCAAGCAUGCUUAUGCACUUUUGGAAAGUUAAAUAGCUUUUAUUUAACGUAGUCUCUAUAAAGACAUAACCUAAAACAUGUUUACCAAAGAGUUUCAUCAAGUACAUUUUACAUCAAGAAAAACACUUCCUUAGAUGCUGAUACGUAGUACCUACACAUAAUUAGUGUGUGAUUUUGCGUGGAGUGUGUAAUUAUUUUAUCUACAGGGGUUUUAUGUUACAGUUGUUUUCUGCAAAUUCUGAUACAGUUUCUUAGUUAUACCGAAAAUUAAUAAAUAGUGACUAUCUUACCUCGCUAGAACAAGUGUAUCGUUAAAAAGAGCAAAUAGUUGAUGUCUAUUUCAAAUUUGAAAAAGAAGUUUCAGGCAAAAUACAAUUCACAUGAGCCAGUUACGAAGUUUAUGUCCCAAUGGAUUUAAAGGAUAUGAAAAAUCACAAACAAGACAAGAAGUCUUUAAAAUUGAAAGCAAAGAAUGGAAAGGCUGAGGUUUUUGUUUUAUCCCCAAACAUUUUGGAAAAACUUGGGAUACAUUUGAAAUCGGAUGAUCCUGCAUCACAAACAAAUGUUCAACAAGAACAUACAACAAUAACUAAUGAAGAAAUGCGUAACGAUUCGGAAUUUUCGGAUACAAAUGUUUUACGAGAAGAUAAUUCUGUGGCUCAAGCAGAAAUGCAUUAUGAAGAAGAAAUAACAGAACCGAAUAUAAUGAAUGGGAAUAUGGAUGAUACAAUUUUAGAAACUGCAAGAUUAAUGAAGAAAUCAAUUUUUUUGAGUCCCACAUUUGUAUCAACUAUUUCAAGAAUUCCUGGUGAAAUUGAAGUUGCUGAUUACGCUGUAGAUACUGAAACGUCAAAUGAAAAUUCUGAGGUUCGUAGUACGUUGCUUAUAGAUAGAGGCAUAAAUACGUGUGACUAUUUAGAAGUUGAUGAUCGAAGUAAAAUUUUACAUAGUAAUGUGAUAAAUCUACCCAUGGAAACUGUGUGCUUGAAUGUAGACAAAGAAAAUAAGGAAGGAGAUUUGAAAGUAGAACACAAUUCUAAUAACGAAUAUUUGAAUUCAUUCAACGCAACUAUUAACAAAGAAGGUUUAAAAAGUCUCACCCAUAAUCUUAUUACAAAAAACGGAAAUUGUAGUAAAGUUGAUUCUGUUGUGGAAAAAGAAAUAGAGGAUGAUACACUUAGUGUUGCAAAUAAAGUUAACAUGAAAAAAGAUUCUAAUAAAAUCAACAUUAUCUCUGAAGAAAUUAUUAGUAGCUCACAUUUGAAUAACACAAAACCAUUCUCGAUAUCAAUUGGAAGUAAGUUAACUCCUGUAGCAAUAAAUUCCAUAAUAUGUGCAAAAUCAGAUAAAAAACCAUCUACCCAAGAAGCGCCUAUUUCAAACCGUGAAAGAUGUACCACUUCUAGUUCCAGUAUAAGUCAUGACGACAAAGAUCAGGACAACAAAUCCUUUCAAACAUCUUCAACGAAAAAUAGGAAAUGCGAAUUUAUUCAAAAUGAAAUAGAACUCAAUAAAGAUGAUUACAACAAAAAGAGAAAUUCCUUAAUUAACGGAAUAUCAUGUGGUAUAGAUAAAGCAAAUGAAAAUAUAAUAAUAUCAGAAAGAGCAACUACACCUAACUCUCUUUUCCUAGAUACAAGGAGCAAUGAAAGUGAAAAAUUUCAACAAUUGCAGAAUAGUCAUAACAUUGGCGAAGCUGAAGGUUCUAGCAAAAUAAAUAAAUCUGUGUGUGAUAUUGUAGUGAAUACAGGAGAAGUUUUGAAAGAUAUGAACCAAGAAAACACAAUUAAAACCGACAAAAAUAAACACGACCACGAAAUACCUAAGACAUCAGUUGAUAAACAAGAAAUUAAAGAUAUUGCAGAUCUUAAUGUACAGAUUUGUAAAGAACUAAAUCCAAAUUAUUAUAAAGAUAAUAAAAAUGAAAAUGACAAUAAAGUUAUCACUAACAAAAUUCCUAUUAAUGAACAUAGUGAAUCAAAGACAAAAUUGUGUAUUCAGGGAGUGGAAAAACCCGGCGGAGCAAAUUUAACUAAGUCCGAUAGGACAAAUCCAAUAGAAAUGAAAACUUAUUUUAAUCGAAGCCGAAAAAUACAGACAUGCAAAAAACCCGAGUCUCUACUACAGCUAGAUUGCCAAUUUGAUAACAAUGAUAAUAAUGUGGAUCUUUUCACUAUCGAAGAAUCAAUUAAGCCUGUAAACUUAAAACCUUCUAUUAUUAGGUCUCGUGAAUUUUGUGUUUGCUAUGAUUUUGGUAGGUUGGAAUACUAUGAUAAUAGUAGCUUCUAUGAACAUAUACAUUUUUGGAAACAAAUUGCUAGCGAUAGUGAUGUAUCAACUAUAUUUGAAAUAUACAAUGAUGAAAAUACAAGCAAUAAAGAACAGAAUGAUUUAUUGGAAGAAAUAGAAAAUGGAAAUGGUGAGUUGAACUUGAACUUCUGUUGGUAUCACUGUGACUGGAGCAAGGAUGAUUGUAAUGACGAUAGUGAAGUGUUUAUUCUCCAAGAAAGUGAUCAAAUAGCCCUCUGUAAAAACUUAAAACCACAUGCUGAAAUGAGUAGUAUUAUGCAAGAUUUUGAUGAUGGGACCCUUCAAGAUUUACAAGAUCUAAUUAUUGAAGUUCCGUUGCAGAAUAUUAAGAUUGGAGAUGGAGAAAUGAAGAAUAAAUGUUGUGUUUGUAAUAAAAUAAUAACGGAGGAACGAUGGGAAAGUCAUAUUUCUGAACAACAUUGCUAUAUGGCUUGGAGACCCGGUAGUAUACUUAAUUUGGAUGAUGAGAAUCUGCUGAAUAAACUGAAAAAGAGAUUGAAAGAUGUUGGGCAUUUGACAUGUACAUUUUGUGGUGCCGAAAAAUUUAAAAGAUUGAAAAAAUUCAUUGUUCACAUAAAAGAAUGUGUCAAUUUCAAGGUUACCGAUUUUAGUGAGAGUUCUGCUUUAAUGACCAAAUGUGGAGUUUGUGGUUUGAGUGUGGAAAUGUCCAAGUGGAUAGAUCAUAUAGCCAUUAGUCACAGUUAUAAAGCUUGGAAAGAUAGUGAAGAGCCAUUGGAUUUGGAUAACGAAGAUGCGAUAAAUACUCACCUAAAGAAAAUUUGUAAACAUUUUGGGGGGCUUUAUUGUUCUAAAUGUGGUGUUCAUUACAAAUUCUUAAAAUAUUACUUGGCACAUCAAAAAAUGUGUCGCCAUGAUAUUAUAAUCGGUAAUGAUCCUGCAGUUAAAAUAAAUAUUAUGAGAGAACAUGAAGCUGCCGAAAAAGUGGUUGAUGAAAGCCUACAUUCAAUUGAACAAACAAAAUCUAAAAAUGAAAGUUUGAUUCAAAAUAGCUCUGAUAAAAAUUCUAUAUUUACAUCUACCCCGAAACAGAAUAGUAUGAAAUCGAAAUUGAAGGACACCAAAAGUGAUAGACAGCUUAAAAAUGUAAAAAGGCAAAAAGCUGAAAGCAGCGGAAUCUUAUGUUCUAAAAACCCAAGCAAAAAUCCAGAACCACACACUUCAGCGACGACAAGUAAUAAAACCCACGAUUCUAACAAAAAGUUAGAUAAAUCCGUGAAAACUAUAACAAAUGACGCUCUCUCUCCGCCCUCUAAAAGAAAUAGAAGAAUGAGAGAUUCAGGUUCUGAUAUGAAUUGUCUUAUAUCUGAAAAUAAACAAAACGAUGCAGAAUCAACUCCGCCGUCAGAUGAAAUGAAUAAAUCACUUGAAAAAAAUGAUUCAACAAACAAUGUACCACAAUUUCAACUGGAUGCUGUUUCACCCAUCCAAAAGAAAAGAGGUAGAAAACGUAUAUCCGUAGCUGCUGCUGACGACGACAAUGAUGUAAACAAAGUUCGUAAUAACUCCAAGGAUAAUAGCUUCAGCAAAAAACAUCGAAGGAAUUCCGGAUCAAUGUCUACCGGGAAAGAAUUAGAAGUAAUUAUUGAGCCUACAAAUAGUAAAACAUCUGCUAGGGUUGGUCGUCUACAAAAUGAUAGCAAUGAAAAAAUACCAAUUACUGAACGUAGAAGUGUUUCCAAUAGCAAAAGGAAACAGAAGUCUGGCGGUAUAAUUAACAAUUCUUGUAAUAAUAGUAAGGACGCGACAACCAAUAGUGAAAUUCGGAAUAAAAAUAAUGCUUCAGUUUCAUUUAUAGAUAAAACUCCGUGUAGAAUAGAAAAAUCUAGCAUCGAUUCCACGAAUGCUUCAAACGAAUGGUUGGUUCCGAAAAGCGAGAGAAACGAUGCAACCGAAAUUGUUUCGGUAAAUGAAAAAGAAGACGACAGUAAUGUUAAAUGUGGUGUUUGUCUAGAAGUCGUUUCGUCAUCGUCAUGGAUUGAUCACAUUGCAAAUACUCACUAUUAUCUAGCAUGGAAAGAUGGAACUAAUCCUAUUAAUUUGAAUGAUGAGGAUGUGGUGAAAAAUCAUUUGUUCGAGAUACGGGAACAGUGUAAAACUUUCACUUGCAAAAAAUGUCAAAUACAACGUAAAUAUCCCAAAGCAUUCAUAAAACACGUACAAGAGUGUGACCCGGAGAAGUUUGCUAGCAUAGCCGCCUCCCUGGGCAUGAACGCAUCAGAAGUCAGCCUCGACCUUUCUGACUCUACACUAGAAUCCAAGAACAACGCAAAGUUGACAGGAACGUUGAAUUGUGGAGUUUGCUUCAAGGAAGUGGAGGCAAAAAAGUGGAUCUUCCAUAUAUUCAAGUAUCAUGACUAUUUGGCUUGGGUCGAAGGCGAAACUCCUUUAGAUAUAAAAAACGAGGAGGAGGUACAGCAAUUUUUGUACAAAAUAAAUAGAGAGUGUGGCGGUCUAACGUGUUCGAAAUGUGGAUUAGUUCGUAAAUACGUGAAAUCGUAUCAGCAACACUUUGAGACGUGCAGCGGAUCGAACCUGUUCCUUGAGAAUGUAGACGGAGAUUCAGUAGUUCAGUGCGCUAUUUGCUCCAAAGAGGUGAUGUACGCUCACUGGAAAAGUCACGCAAUGUCUGAGCAUUACAACAUAGCUUGGAUAGAGGGUUCCGUUCCAUUAGACCUGAAUAAUUUUUAUGCCGUCGAAUCUCGCCUUAAAGCGUACAGUAAGAUUCACAAGUUGGUUUGUAAGAACUGCGGAACAAGCAGGACCUCGUGUUAUGGAUUCUACGCUCAUAUUUUAACUUGUGGUAAAUCAGAAGAAGAAACGGAGCGAUUCAAAGAAGUAUGUGAAGUGUGCCAAAAUAAAUAUUUGUGCGUUUACAAAUCCCAACACAUGGCGGCGCACCGAGAAAAGGAAUAUGCAAUACAACGAAAGUUGAAAUUGGUAGAGGAAAAGAAAAAGAAGAAGGAAUGUGAGCAAGUGCCUCAAGAUCGGAGAAGGGCAGCUAAAAAGGCAUUAGAUGUCAUUGAAAAUUAUAAUUCUAAAAAUGAAGAUGGUGAGAAUGUCUGUGGAAAAUGUGGGGCACACACCGAGCAAGGGACUGAGCAUGUUUGUUGUAAAACUGAAGAAAUAUCUAGUGAUUCUGAUGUUUCUGUGAAAAUGGAAAAUGUAUCGGACGAUGAUGACGAGUCUGAUUACACCGAAAUCGAUUCCUCAGUGUCCGAUGUUGAAGAAGAACAAUUGAAAGAAUUGAAAAAGAAAAAACCGGAAAUCGUUUCAAGUAUAACGGCGGUAUCUAAAGCAACAAGAAUUCCGUAUCAGGUAUCAGAUAUACCAACGUAUCUGCAAAGUAGCUACCUUGACUUUUGUCAAACUCAUCUGACCGGUGAAACUUUAUUUCCUGAAUGGGAGAAAUUUGAUUAUGUGCCGUUAGAUCAGGAUGGUAUCAAUAAAUAUCUACCGAAAAUCGAAACAUCAUGUGAAGUCAAAUUUUUGGAUAAUACGUCAUGGAAGACCUUCAAACGAUUCGAGUCCUGGAAAAGAGAAAAGCACCGGAUCAUAUUUGUCGGUGGCAGCAUUCAUUGCAUAGCGUGGGUGCCUCCUCACGUGGAGGACAAAACGGGCGAGGAGGGCAUGUACUUGGCGGUGGCCUGCCACGCCGCCGGCGACUCUCCCCGGUACAACUACGACGUGACCCGGGAGCACGCCGGCUUGCUGCAGAUAUGGGAUUUCGGCAACAUUCAAACAAGUUUACCAAAGUUUGUGUUUGGGCUAGCGCACGAUUUUGGUGUCGUGUGGGCCAUGGAUUGGUGUCCGUCCGGAGCUAGAGACCUUAUGGUAGAUGGUGCAGUAGAUAAAAUAUGCAAAUUGGGUCUACUCGCCGCGGCUUGUUCCAACGGCUCUGCCUACAUAUUCCCCGUACCUUACCCGUCCACGUUGCCCGACAUAGAAAGUAUUAUUUACAAGGUGAUACCCGUGGCAGAAUUAAGACUAGAAAUGAACGUUAAUCGCAAGAAAUAUCAAGCGACUUCUAUAAGUUGGUCACCUCAAAAGGGACAUUCGAUGAUAAUUGUCGGCUACUCGGAUGGCACCACGGCACAAUAUGACAUUAAAACAGAGUCGCCUCUAUUGAGAAGCACAGAAAAUGAAGUAACGAUAAUUUAUCCAUAUCACGAUGACCGUAUACACAAAACGGCUGUGACAGGAGUGGGGGUGUUCCCCGGCGGCGACGGCGGAACCAGCGCCACCUGCAGCGGGUCAACGACCGGGGCCCACGUGGAGUUCGGCGUGGGAGCGACCGCGGGCCGGACCGGCUCGCUCUACACCGCCUUCUGCUGCACCAACAUCAGCUUCUCCCCUCUCUGGCCGUCCACCAUCAUGGCUGCCGAGAGCACUAUGGGAGUGAGCCAGAUGGUGAACGAGUUGGAGUGGGGCGCGGGCGGGCGGCGGCUGGGCGUGAUGCGCGCGGGCGCGGCGUGCGCGCUGUGCGGCCGCCUCGCGCACGCCGCGCCGCCGCUCGUGCGCGUGCUGCGGACGCAUCCCGCCUACACGGAUGUCAAGAAACUCAUCGUGGCUUCGAUUGAAAUGAUCCCGAUCAACGGUCGACGGAAGAUACAGACCGACGAGCUCUGUAUGAAAGUAGAGCCGCUCGAUUACGACGAGGCUGUAAAAGAGUAUGGAUUGCACAUUAAAAAAAUCCACCGCAAAGACAAGGUUGCAAUGGCAAAGGCGUCUAUGUUGUCCACGACUCCGUGUCCUGAAAGGUUUCCGUUGGCAGAUAUCACCUGUUUAGCAUUUUGUCCCACCAUAAGGCAUCACGAUAAACUGGCAGUCGGUCUACACUCUGGUAUACUGCUGCUUUUUACUUUAUAGUAAGGAAUUUAUUUAAAGAAUUAUUACGCUUGUCACAAAACUGGCUAUACAAUCUGAACAAGACGACUUUGUAUAAGACGCGAAAUGCAAUAAAUAACAAAAAAUAAUAAUGCGAUAUUGAGUAAUUUAAAUAGGUACAUGGAUUCAUUUAAAAAAAAGCGAAGUCUCGAAAGAACUUUAUAGGCAAAAAAAUGAAUUUCUAGUUAUUGUUCUUUCAUAUAUUAUCGUUUUUUAAACAUCAACUAUUUUACUCAAAACAUGUCAAGAAACAUUUAAAAAAAAAUUUGAACAAAUAUAUCUAAAGGUGUCUUUUUUCGCAUCUGCCGUCUAAAGAUAAUGAUAAUUAACUAAUUUGAGGUUUGAUGGACUACAAAUAAUCUUCCAAAAGCAUUGUUAAAUAAAUAAAAAACAAAAGAAAAUGUUUGGCUAUCAAGCUAUUUAAAACAACAUGUAAGCAUGUAACAAAAGCUAUGUAAACAAAAUUAUAUACAAUGCUAGCUACUUAUACGCGUAACGGAAAUAAUAAUAUUAUAUUAUAAUGUACCGUAAUGUUACGAAAUGUAUAGUUAUGAAACAGACCCACCUUAAAUUUGUGCUAUGUAUACUUGAAAAUCAGAAUAAUCUAAUGUGAAUACAAUCUUUAAAUGUUUUGCUUUAAUUUUUACUGCCUUCUUGAAUAAACAAAAAAAUGUUUGAAUUUUCCUCUAGUACCUAGGAAUAAAUUUAUAUAGCAGAUAAACUAUCACAUAUUAUAAAUUUCUAUCAAAUAAAGGGUUGGCAUUGGUCAAUAAAAUUGUUUGAUCAAAACUUGAAUAGAUAAUGUAAAAUCAAAUCAAGAUUUUAUUUAAAUAAGCAUCCAAAAAUAUAAUUUUAGUACGUAUAGUGCAGUGAUCAUACUGAAUGAUUUAAUUUUUAGCAAUAAAAUCGAAUCUGAAAAGUAGUAAAAUAUGUUCAAAAAUAAUUUGUAUUGUAUAUUAGAUUUUGCAUCACAACGCUAUUGUAGUUUCUAGUGUUGCCAUAAAAGAAUAUUCGUACGAUGUACUUAUAUUGAUUAUUUAAGAAAAAAAUUAAUAAGCGCCGGUCGUUGUGGUAAUAAGUUUACUUUUACUUUUAUGAUUCACUUUCCGUUUUACUAAAGUAGAUAAUGAAUGUAUCAUUAACAAGAAUGUUAACAACAUUUUUAAUGAACUUAUUUAAUGUUUUAAAAUUUGACAAGUUAAUACAAACGAGGUUUUUUGUUCGAACAAUUGAAGUUACUGAGCGAUUACUUUCUCAAAUAAAAAAAGUCGGUAAAAAGGUCGCUCUCUUAAACUUAUCUUGUUUUGAGCUGUAGUAAUAUUACAAUUAUUGUAUCAUAUAUAGUGUAUAAUAUGUACUACGUGUAAUUAUUAGUCGGCCAUAGUUAGUCUGUUACUCUGUAUGUUUUUAUUAAGUUAUAUUUAAAAUUAUUACUAUAAUGUGCACCCUGUAACGCAUAUGACUAUAUCGGAUUUCAAAUCAAAAGUGAUAUUAAUUAUUCAACGUCUUUUAUCUCUUGUUUAAAUAAAAUGAUGUGCUUGUUGUUAAAAUAAAAAUAUAUAUAUUGA